UGAACGUCUUGUGCUAUCAAGUGACCAAGCUAUGCCGCUCGUUGAUUGGCUAAAAUUCCAUCCAAAAUAGAAGACGCAAUCGCAUUUUUCGCCGAGCGAUGGGGAACACGAUCGCGCAGUUGGCGCAAGACCACAAAUGGGCCCAAGUCGCCGAGCGCAUCGAGGCCCGCGCCGUCGAGGACGUCAACGUGACGACUGGCCAUCUCGACUGGACAACGCUCUCACUCGCGUCCUGGGAGGGCCAACUCGACAUUGUGCACUUGCUCUUGCGCUUCAAGCAUAUUCGCGUGGACCAGCCAAACCUCGAUGGCAUGACACCACUGCAUGAAGCGGCCAAGCACGGCCACCUCGAGGUCGCCCGCGCCCUCAUUGACGCCGGUGCCAACCCCCACGCGACCAACAACGAGGGCAACAAACCGCUCGCGCUCGCGAACGGCAGCGAAAUGAGCGAGUUUUUGACGACGUGCAUGCUGCCCGUUGGUGUCUGCGCAGAGCGCCACGAGUGGCACGAGGUCAAGCGCCGCGUGACGCGCCGGCUUCUCUCGGACGUCAACGCCAGCUUUGGCGAGCGCGGCUGGUGCUUGCUCUCGUACUGCGCGAUCCACGACCAAGUCGAGCUCGUGGACCUCCUUGUGCGCUACAAGGACAUUUGCGUUGACCACGCCAAUGUGGAUGGCAUGACGGCGCUGCACGAAGCCGCCAAGCACAACCAUCUGCAAGUGCUGUCCAUUUUGGUGCGUGCAGGCGCCGACCAAUCGCUGCUCAACACGAGCGGUGCCACACCUGUCGACUUGGCGACAAUGGACGGGCGCGCGCUUCUUGAGCUGGCGCCGCCGGUCGUCAUGGCGCCCGCCGAGGUACACCAAUGUCCCCACUGCACGUACGAAAAUCCUCGGCGCGACGGAGCGUGCGCCAUGUGCAAGAUGGACAUGCAAACAUCGGAAGACGCGGUGGCUGCACUCAUGGAGCGAAUCGCGCUCAUGGAGGAAGCGACGCUCUGCACGAUUUGCGAGGAGCGGCCAAAGGACACUGUGUUUACGUGCGGCCACGAGACGUGCAUGACGUGUGCACAACAAAUGACGAGCUGUCCCAACUGCCGCAAACCCAUCACGGCGCGCAUUCGCCGCUUUGUGUGAGCUAGCGUGGCGCUAUUGCACCAAAGGAUUUGACGUGUCUGAAGUCUUAACGUAUCCGAGUCGUGCGACAGGAUGGGGUCGUGACGUCCAUGGAGAAGCUACUUCCAUUGGUGUAUCGGCGCUUUGGGAGUGGUCCUUCGCAUCGAGUUUUUUUCAAAAGUUACGACUUUCGAGCAUA